AUGGGAAGCCCCCGGCCCGCGCUGCUUUUGCUCUUGCUGCGGCCAGUCAAGCUUCUGCGAAGGCGCUUCCGGCUGCUGCUGGCGCUCGCCCUGCUGUUCGUGGGGCUCUGGACUCUCUAUCUGGAGCUGGUGGCAUCGGGCGAGGCCAACGGGAACCCCCUGUAUCGGAGAUAUAGCAGUUGGAGAGAACUGGCCAAGGCUCUGGCUAAUAGAAACAUUCCUGCUGUGCAUCCAGAUCUCAAGUUCUAUCAUCCCCAGAGGCAGGAUUCCAAGGUCCAAGAGCCAGACAGAGGUGGGCUCAGGAGUGAGACCUAUCAGCAAUGGAACAAGCCUGUUCCCUGGAUCUCAGAGUUCGAGGGCCGUGCCAACUUGCAUGUCUUUGAAGAUUGGUGUGGAAGCUCCAUCCAGCAGCUCAGAAGGAAUCUUCACUUCCCACUCUACCCUCAUACUCGAACCACAAUAAGGAAGUUGGCCGUAUCUCCCAAGUGGACCAACUAUGGGCUCCGGAUCUUUGGCUACCUGCACCCUUUCACUGAUGGAGAUGUCGAGUUUGCCAUUGCUGCAGAUGACAACGCUGAGUUCUGGCUAAGUUCCAGUGACCAGAUCUCAGGCCUCCAGCUGAUGGCUAGUGUGGGCAAGACAGGAAAGGAAUGGACUGCCCCUGGAGAGUUUGGAAAAUUCCGAAGUCAAAUUUCCAAGCCAGUGAGCUUGUCGGCUUCUAGAAGGUAUUACUUUGAGGUGCUUCACAAACAGAAUGACCAAGGAACAGAUCAUGUGGAAGUGGCAUGGCGACUGAAUGACCCUGGGGCCAAGUUCACAGUCAUCGACUCUCCAUCAUUGUCCCUCUUCACAGAUGAGACACUGCUCAAAAUGGAUGAGGUGGCCCACAUCCCACAGACAGUGGCCAGCCAUACAAACCCUCUGGAUCCCCUACCCACAGAUCAGGAGCAUCCUGCUGACAUGCUGAGGCCUGAUCCCCGGGAUACCCUAUACCGAAUGCCUUUGAUACCCAAAUCUCAACUCCGCCGGGUCCUACCGGAUUGCCAAUAUAAACCCAGCUACCUAGUGAAUGGCUUCCCCCUACAGCGCUACCAGGGACUCCAGUUUGUUCAUCUGUCUUUUGUUUACCCAAAUGACUACACCAGAUUGAGUCACAUGGAGACACAUAACAAAUGUUUCUAUCAGGAAAACUCAUACUACUUGGACAAGUUUGGCUUUCAGAAAUACAUCAAAAUUGACCAACUGGGCAGACAGAGUCCAGAGCUCAAAGAGAGACUAGAGCAACCAGGUUUUGAGGAGGACCUUCCCAAUGAGUCCCAGUAUGGAGAUCAGGGUGCAGAAUUCCCCACCCCCACUGACCAGGGCCCUGGGAUCUUAGAAGAUGAGGGCAACCCUACUUCCGUCCCCAGUCAGGAUGCCACCGACUAUCACCUCAGGAGCCGGCGGAGGCUCCUAGCCACGCAGGAGAGGAGCUCAUCGGUAGCCCAGCCAGAAAAGAGAAACAAAGCUGCCUCUGCAGUGAGGACAAGUGACACCCCACUCCAGAACUCCAGAAAGAGGAGCAAGCAAGAGCCCGGCCUUAAGCAUGUCCAAGGAUCAUCUCGUUCCAGUCAGCACCCCAUGGAGCACUUGGCAGGGACCUCCCCUCAGUUGAAGAGGUCCAGGCUAGGAGGGAGGCACCACAGGCAGACCUUGGAUCAAUCUCAGUGGCUGAAUCAGGUUCAGUCGUAUAUUGUGGAACAGAGAAAGGCUGAUGGAGGAGAGCCAGAGGCCCCUAGGAGACUUCAGCAGGGGGAGGAGGUGGUGGUGGCUGAAGAUGAGGAAAGGCGGAUAGAAGGGGAAGAAGAGGAGGAUGAAGAGGAAGAGGAGGAGGAGGACUUAGGGGAGGCGUUUGAAUAUGUCCCUCUAUUUGACCCUGCGGUGAACUGGAAUCAGACCUUCAGCGCCCGAAAUGUGGACUUCCAGACCCUGAGGACUGAUUGGAUUGACUUAAAUUGCAACACAUCAGGGAACCUUUUGUUGCGGGAGAGAGAAGCUUUAGAGGUUACACAUGUAUUUCUGAAGAAGCUGAACCAGAAGACAAGGGGGCGGUACCAGCUACAUCGUGUUGUAAACAUAGAGAAGCGCCAGGACCGGCUCAGAGGAAGCCGCUACCUAUUGGAGCUGGAACUUCUGGAGAAAGGUGGUCAGCUAGUGCGGCUCUCAGAGUAUGUGCUGUCGAGGGACUGGCGAGGGGUUAGUGUGGGUGGUGGCAAAGAGCCCGAAGAACACAACUUACGUGGCAUGGUCUUGGGCCACCAGCGCCAGCGGCACCUGCUAAAUAGCCAAGCCAAAGAACCUGAACUGUGCUGGCCCAUCGGCUUCUCCUGGAACCAUCGGGCUGUUGUCCACUUUAUUGUGCCUGUGAAGAACCAGGCUCGAUGGGUUCAGCAGUUUAUCAAUGACAUGGAGAAGCUGUCCCAGGUGACUGGUGAUCCCUAUUUCAACAUCAUUAUCACUGACUACAGCAGUGAGGACAUGGAUGUAGAGAUGGCCCUUAAGAGAUCCAGUCUUCGAAGCUACCAGUAUAUGAAGUUGACUGGGAACUUUGAGCGCUCAGCCGGGCUUCAGGCUGGUGUGGAUCUGGUGAAGGACCCACACAGCAUUAUCUUCCUGUGUGAUCUACAUAUACACUUUCCACCUGGAGUCAUUGAUGUCAUACGGAAGCACUGUGUGGAGGGCAAGAUGGCUUUUGCUCCCAUGGUGAUGAGGCUGCAGUGUGGGGCCACGCCUCAGUGGCCAGAGGGUUACUGGGAAGUGAAUGGAUUUGGCCUUCUGGGCAUCUACAAGUCAGACCUGGACAAGAUUGGAGGCAUGAAUACCAAGGAAUUCCGAGACCGCUGGGGAGGAGAGGACUGGGAGCUUCUGGACAGAAUUCUACAGGCUGGCCUAGAAGUGGAACGUCUCUCCCUUAGGAAUUUCUUCCAUCGAUACCACUCCAAGCGGGGCAUGUGGAACCGUCGCCAAUUGAACAUGCCAUGAUGUCAGAAGGGUGCCCAGCCAGAACUGACUGAUUCCUGCCUCCUGACCUGCAGCUCUUCCACUCCUGCCCACCACUCAAGGGGAAAUACGAACAAACAGGAGGAGCA